UGGAGGCAGGAAGCAAGACGAGAGACAGAGCAACAGAAAAAGAAGCCCGGCGGAGGAGAGCAGAGCAGAGCAGAGGAGGAGAGGAGGGGGAGGCAGAGGCGAGCAGAGCGAGCAGCUCUCAGUAUCUCCCACCAGCUCAGCUCUCAGCCUGAACGGAUUCACCGAGCGUGAUGGACGAGCAGCGAUGCACCUGAUGGAGGACGCCGACCAUCCGUCUCCGUCUGCAGGACGGAGACUGUAAGGUGGCGGAGACGGAGACGGGGACCGCAGGGUGACCUGGCCUUCCAUCAACUCUCCUCCUGCACGUCGUCAGGGAUAAAACGACAAAGACCGAAGUCCUGGUAGGCCGGUUCUCACCGACCUGAUGGUACAGACAGGAAGUGCUGUCCACCACGGAGAGGCCGUCUCUGGAGGGUUAAAACGGCGGCGGGCCAGUCCCUGAAGAGUGUGUACCGGCGGAGAGAGGGCUGCUCUGGCACCGGCGCCGCUUUCAGCCGGGGAUGACACUGGACGCUCAGGCCCGGCAGACAAUGACGAGACAGAGCCCGGCCUGAAAGGAGCCAUUGAUCCCGGAGCCGCCCCGAUGCCGCAGACCGCACGCCCCCGACGCGGGGUGGCCGUACGACGCGCCCCUCACUUCACCCCAUCCACGCAUUCUGAUCUGCCCACGGACCGACCCGGACCGGCGGCGAUGGUCUGAGACUCCAGCAGAUCCCUCCACUGCCGGGAGGAGGCGGCCUCUUCCUCCCAUCAGGAUAAUGCACACAUCUCCAGUGUUAAUCGCUGCUGCCGCCAUGAGCAAUAUGACGGUGAUCGACACUGCAGACCCGUACGACCUUGACCUGACCUCUGCCGAGGCCGUCUACCCCAUCAGCUUCCAGGUGUCAGUGACGGGCUUCCUGCUCCUGGAGAUCGUUCUGGGUCUGAGCUCCAACCUGACGGUGCUGGUCCUCUACUGCAUGAAGCAGAACCUCAUCAGCUCCGUGUCCAACAUCAUCACCAUGAACCUGCACGUGGUGGACGUGCUGGUGUGCGUGUGCUGCAUCCCGCUGACCGCCGUGGUCGUGCUGCUUCCGUCCGAGGCCGACACGGCCCUGCUGAGCUGCUUCCACGAGGCCUGCGUCUCCUUCGCCAGCGUGGCCACCGCCGCCAACGUCCUGGCCAUCACCGUGGACCGCUACGACAUCUCCGUGAGGCCGGCCAACCGCGUGCUGACCAUGGGCCGGGCCGUGGCGCUGCUGGGCGCCGUCUGGGCCCUGUCCUUCUUCAGCUUCCUGGUUCCUUUCAUGGAGGUGGGCUUCUUCGCGGGCUCCGGCUCGGACCCGGCGAACCGGACGGCGACGGCGACUCACGCCAACCAGUACUACAGCGAGCCGGGGCUGUACUACCACCUGCUGGCGCAGAUCCCCAUCUUCUUCUUCACGGCCCUGGUCAUGCUGGUGACCUACUACAAGAUCCUGCAGGCGCUGAACAUCCGCAUCGGGACGCGCUUCCAGCACAACUUGCCGAAAAAGAAGCAGAAGAGCAAGAACGCCAUCUCUCUGGGCGCCGCGGCUCAGGCCGAGUCCACCGACGCCUCGCAGAGCAGCACGGGGGUCCGGGGCGGCGCCGGCGCCCCCCUGGGCAUGCGGGCCUCGGUGUCCGUCAUCAUCGCGCUGCGGCGGGCGGUGAAGCGCCACCGGGAGCGCCGCGAGAGGCAGAAGCGGGUCUUCAAGAUGUCGCUGCUCAUCAUCUCCACCUUCCUGCUGUGCUGGACGCCCAUCACCGUGCUCAACACCGCCAUCCUGAGCACCGGGCCCGGCGCCCUGACGGCGCGCCUGCGCCUGGGCUUCCUGGUCAUGGCCUACGGGACCACCAUCUUCCACCCGCUCCUCUACGCCUUCACCCGCCAGAAGUUCCAGAAGGUGCUGAAGAGCAAGAUGAAGAAGAGGGUGGUGUCGGUGGUGGAGGCCGAGCCCACGCCCAACAACGUGGUCAUCCACAACUCCUGGAUGGACCCCCGGAGGACCAGGAAGGUGACGUUCCAGGACGCCGAGGCCAGGCAGAAAUGCCUGAGCUCUCAGGACGCGGAGUGACGGGACGGGCCGGCGUGUAAAUAUGUCCAACAGCGUUCAGGAACGACGGAACACAGGAUUGUUUAUGCAAACAGAAGAGUGGAAAGUAUUUGAAAGGGAGAAAACCUCGUCUAAACAAGCCUGAAGUGAUCUGCUUCAACCCCGGGAGCAGAUCUGCCACGGCAGCUUACUGAGCCUGUACUAAACCACCUCAGCAGACAAGUCCUCUUCCCAGAGAGGGACAGCUAAACAGAGACAGGGCAGGACAGCGUCUGUCCUGGGGAGACCGUCCCCCGCUCAGAGCUCAGAGACGAGAGCAGGGACGAGGAGACGGUAAUUUAUUGCUAUUUAUUGUGUCUUGUUGUGGAGCGCCGGGACGGCUCAGUGCAGAGUGUGUCUUAGUGUCCCUCAUGUGAGGACGAUGUGUGACGGACGUCUCUGUACAGCACGCCACCGCACCGCCAUAUUGUUUGUCACCGUUUGUAAUAAAC